AUGGCUGGUGGUGAGGCCAUAACUGUUGGCGAUGCAAUGGCUGGUGAUGACUCCAUGGCUGGUGACGUUAUGGCUUGUGAUGACUCCAUGGCUGGUGUUAACUCCAAGGCUGGUCGUGAUGUUAUGGCUGGUGGUGAUGCCAUGGCUGGUGGUGACACGAUGGCUGGUUUUGAGACCAUAGCUAGUGGUGACGCCAUGGCUGGUAAUGUCGCAAUUGCUAGUAGUGACGAUGCCAUCGCUGAUGGUGACGAUGUGAUGGCUGAUGGUGGUGACACCAUAGCUGAUGAUGAUGCAAUGGCUGGAGGUGCUGACAUGGCUGGUGGUAACGAAAUGGCUAAUGGUGACGCCAUGGCUGGUGGUGACGCAAUGGCUGCUGAUGUCGCCAUGUCUGAUGGUGACUUCAUUGCUAGUGGUGAUGCCAUGGCUCGAUUUGGUGGUGACGUCAUGGCCGGUGGUGACGCCAUUGCUGGUGGUGACACCUUGUCUGGUGAUGACGUCACGGCUGGUGGCAGCGCUGUGGCUGGCGACAAUUCCAUGGCUGGUGGUGAUGCCAGUUCUGAUAUUGACUCCAUGGCUGGUGGUGAAGCUAUGUCUGUUGGUGUCGCCGUGUCUGGGGAUGACAUUAUGGCUGGCUGGUGGUAA